AGGCAAACUGCCAGUUAAUAGUUUCGGUUUAAGUGUAACGUGUCGCAUUUUUUCGGUGUCGUCGUUGAGGAGGAGAAGAAAAAAAAAACAAAACCUUAAAAAACGUGUGGUGCAAAAGUUUUCCCAAGCCGAUAAUAUUGAAUGAAUCAAUUUGAAAAUUUGUCAAUACGUCUAUUUUUUCCACAUACCACAGUAUUUUGUUGCGUUUCGGUUACAAUGAUAUUUAAUAUCAAUUACCGCAACAAAAUGGCCAAAGUGAGUUACCAAAUUAGCUCCCCAAUAUGAUGUCAUCGUCAUCAUCAACGACAGCAACAACAUCCUAUACAACGUCAUAUCCCCAAAUAGACCAUCGAACUGUGGUCUUUAAAAAUUUACAGCUGGAAGAGAACCAAGCAGCCAACCUUAGCCGUAGCAGCAGCAAAGAGACCCUCAUUCCUGGCGAUAUACCGAACGAAGAGAAUUGCCCAAACGUUGCAACAUUGCCACGGAGACCUGCAACGGUUUUGCAAACCUCAACACCUUACGUUUCACCGAGACGUCCGCUGUCCGCCUUGGCCCUACACUCCACAACUAAGACCCGAAUUCCAUAUCCAUUGGCAACAAUUUGGACCAAAAGCCAGAGUGGCAGGAAAAAUACGUUCCAAUUCAGAGGUAACGCGAACAUCAACAACCACAACAAUAGCUGUGACAAUUGUCGUAAGAGCGGUGUUGGUGAUGUGCCACUGCGCAUGUCCGCUUACAAAUCCAAUUUAGCAACAUCGCUCAUUAUGGAACGUGUGGCAAAUGAAACUUCCUCAGCCGUGGCAGCGGCAGCAGCAGCAGCAGGGGUGGAAUGCACCACAACAAACACCCACAACAACACAACGACGGCAAACGCGAACAUAACCGGUGGUCGUUUUCAAACAAUACGCCGUAAAUUGGCUUUAAUCACUCAGAAGCCUUCGUCGGAUGCAACAUUGGAACGGUCAUUAUCCUUGCGUAAAAAUUUCAAAUAUUCCAACAAAACGGAGGCGGUAGAAGGAAACCCGAAAAUCAGCACCACGGAGACAAAUAAUUCCACAUCCAAAUCGGUAACGGGAGGCCAGGAUGGACAACAGCAGCAGCAGGAUAUUGGUUCAACAAAAAUUGACACCGUGGCCAAGGAUCAAUCAAUAAAAUCCACAAUAAAAACAAACAUGGAAAAACAGGCAUCGUCAUCCCCAACAACAACAGGAACAACCACAACGACAACAGAUGGAUUUGUUAAUGGCGAAAUACGGGAAGAUUUUCAGAAAAUGUCUCUGAAUCAAAACGGCAUUCAUACAUCAUCGGCGGUAACGACACCAACGUCAACUCCAUCAUCAUCUGCAGUAUCAUCUCAAGCCCCAACUCAUACACGUCCAUUGACAUUGGCCACAACAGCGGGUUCAACAACGAAUAUAUCGAGUGGUAGUACUGUCGCAGUAGGAGGAGGAGGUGGAAUACCAGUGAAAACCCCAAGAUCUCCAAGGCCCCCAUCAAACCCUGGAGCCAUCAACGCCCAGCAUCAUUCACAUCAUCAUCAAGACACACAGACUCCCAACGCGGUUGGCAGCAAACUAACGCCCAGCAGCGGCCUAAAACCAACACCCAAGACACCGCCCGUCACCCCCGAUUCGCCCACAACCUAUUUAGAUGAUGAUUUAGAUUCCUUGUAUUCCUAUACCACAACAUCGGGUCGUUCAACCAUGUCCUGUGAACAUCCCUAUGUGGCCAGAAAUGGCACAACAUUUAGUGGUCGUAAAAUGAAAUAUGUGGUUCAUUGUUCCAAUUAUGCGGGCCAAGUGGGUGCCGACUACCUAACACCCACCCAACGGGCCCAGCGCCAAAUACGUCGCCUCAAGGAACUCUUGUGUGCCGCUCGCCAGGAUUUGGAACAAAAAGAUUCCGAGCUGUUACGUUUGACACGCGAAGUUGUGGAGUUGAGACUCUUCAAGGCAUCGCUCUCUUCACCCGAUGAGCGUUCCGCCUCCAGCGAUGCGGUAACAGUACGCGAAGCAGAACUCAAGACAUCUCAAGAUGUCUCACCCAUUGUCGAUAUGGUCGAUGAUGGCCAAAAACAACAUUCCUCACCAUCACGUCACAUGCAUGGCCACACGCAUCACCAACCAAUGGGCCAUGCCGCCUCGGCCUCGCCAACCAUUAUGACACAUGCGUCACAAAGUUCCACAUCCUCGCAUCAUCAUCAUCACCAUCAUCAUCAUGACAUGCAAAGCUCUUUUGCCGAUUCGGGACAUUUUGAGGAUAUGACCUCAUCAUCGGUCCACUCCAAAGAUUCCUCCUAUGCACCCUCAUCCCAUGGCAGUCAUCUGCAUCAUCAUGAGGGAGCCUGUGGCGGUGGUGUUGCCGGGGAACAUCAUCAUGGUGAACCAUCCACAUCCACCAUUGAACAGUACGAACUGCAGCGUCAGGAAUUGAUACGACUCUAUGAACAGCGUAUCGAAGAUUUAAUUCGCAGCCAAGAUGCUGCCGCAGCCGAAGUGAAACGUUCGAAUAAUGAUCGCAUCGAAGCGCUGCUCCAAAAACUAGCCGAGUGCAACACUCGCUAUGCCGACAUUGUUCCCGAUUACGAACAUGCCAAGGAGCGCAUCCGUGAAUUGGAGAAACAAUUGGAAGAUCUGCAGCGUAAGCUGGCCGAACACGAAGAGAAGCAGAAGCAAAUGUAUUUGCACAUGUACCAGAAGGGUCAGGAAGCCGAGCGUAUUGCUCGUGCUGAUCAGGCCUUAGAAUUGGCACAUCGAGCACCACAAAAUAAAGUGUCCAUCAACGAGCUGCUGCACCAGCUGCAAUCCACCCAGGACGAAUUGGAGAACAUACGUGCAGCAGAAUGUAGAAAUGAAUGCGGCAGUAAUCAUGCUCUCCUUACUGCAAAAGAGGCUAUUUCUUUAUGGGUUCUCGGCGCGCGUAAGACCAUUUAUCGCCGUUUAUUGGAAGCUCAAAAGAAUCGCACCCAUGUGGAUCCCGAGGUGACGCUACAGUUCCUCAAAAGUGCCGUCUACUAUUUCCUGACGGACAAGGAGAAUUCACAGGGCCAUUUGCAGGCCAUUGAAUCCAUAUUGGAGUUCAGCGAAGCCGAGAAACAGGUCAUCAACAAGGCCCGGUCAACGAAAUAGAAACAAAUUGCUAAUAAAAACAACAACAAAAAGGGAAUCUUAAAAAAUAAAGAAAUAAAAACAAAAGUAGUUAAAAAUUUAAAUACAAUGAGGCUUCAAGUAAACAAAAGAAAACAACCUUUGGCCCCCCAAUUUUAUAUAGUUAAUGUUAUAUGAACAAAAUAUAUAAAUAUUAAAGAAACUACCCAUUAUUAUUAUUCAACACCACCACCAUUAAAUAACCAGUUAAAGUUUUUCAAAACCGAAAUUUCUUGUUAUUUGAAAAAAAUUCAAAUCUCCAAUUGGUUGUAUUUUUUUUUUAAAUUUUUUGUCACAUUUUUUUUUUUUUUUUUUGAAUUCCCAGCAAUUUUAUUUUAUUUUUCGUUGAUUUCCCACUAUUAGCCCUCUUAAGUAAGCAGAGUUUAUGUUUAUUGUUUAGAAUAAUUUUCAUUUCUAUUAUUAUAUAUUAUAUAUAUUUUACAAUUUUAAUUUUAUUAUUUUUUUAUGUGAAACAAAAAAAAAAUAUUUUUAAAUUAGAAUUGUUACGAAUUUUAUCUCUGUGUGUCCUUUAUUUUGUGUGUGUUUUAUGUUAUUUAAUAAAAAUUAAUAAAUAUUCAUUAUUAAUAUUAUAAA